CUAUAUCCGUGAAUCAGAACCCAAAUGCAACUGUUUUCUUCCUCUCCCCCUCGCGUAUUUUCUUCUUCCCUUUCUCCGAUAUCGGUGACAUAAGGCGCAUAAACUAUGUAUCACUGAUGGAUGGAAACUCGAAUCCAGGUGACGUUUCUGCAAAGUGUUGGUAUUCCAUGUUUACAUACAUGCUCGUCUAUAAUGCAUAUGGGUCUUGAUCUGGCAUACUACUGCCAUGACUGGUAUUCCAUGGACAACUAUCGAAGCUCCCAUGUUCUCAUUUUUUCUCCGUAUAAUGGCUACUCCAGAUGGCUUUAUGACCCAACUUAUGAAUACAUUAUCCCUCCCGUUUGGGAGCGCAAUGGUGGUCAGAGGAAGAAGAGGAAGAUGAUUGAGUCUCAAAGUGUUGUGUGGCUUACAGUUAGGAGCAGUAAAUGCCACGAGAUGGGUCAUACCGUAAGAUGGUAUUCCUAGAAUGGUCGACGAAACUGCAGCUGUUGUCGUCAUAAUAUGGCAUGGUCUGACUGAUCUCGUAAUCCGGCUUUCUAAAGGCGUUUGCUAGUUCUAGUUUAGACCCAAAGUUUUUUUCACUUACUAUUUGGUGCAUUUUAUCUCUGGACAAAUCUAGUCUUCAUUCAAGUGGGACAUUUUCCCUUUUAUCCAUAUUAUACGGUUUAUCAUUUGAUCAUAAGUCAUUGAUACUUUCUGAAUGGAUUGUUGUAACAUGAUGGAAAAUGAUUCAACAAAACUUGUAACAGUUCCAUUCACGUACAUGAUCAGUAUAUCUGUUACCAUGUAUCUUUCCUCUUUUA